AUGGAAAACUUAGAACACAUCAACGGAUUCACACAGGGGAGAAACCAUAUAAAUGUAUGGAGUGCGGAAAGAGCUUCAGUUUCAAUUCAAGCCUUAGAACACAUCAACGGAUUCACACAGGGGAGAAACCAUAUAAAUGUAUGGAGUGUGGAAAGAGCUUUAGUGAUAGUGGAAAUCUUAGAACACAUCAACGGACUCACACAGGGGAGAAACCAUAUAAAUGUAUGGAAUGUGGAAAGAGUUUCAGUCAGAGUGGACACCAAAAUAUACAUCAACGGACACACACAGGAGAGAAAUCAUUUAAAUGUAUGGAGUGUGGAAACAGCUUUAGUGAUAAUGGAAGACUUAGAAGACAUCAACGGACUCACACAGGGGAGAAACCAUUUAAAUGCCUGGAGUGUGGAAAGUGCUUCAGUGAGAAUGGAGGCCUUAGAAGACAUCAACGGACUCACACGGGGGAGAAACCAUUUAAAUGCCUGGAGUGCGGAAAGUGCUUCAGUGAGAAUGGAGAACUUCGAAGACAUCAACGGACUCACACGGGGGAGAAACCAUUUAAAUGCCUGGAGUGCAGAAAGUGCUUCAGUGAGAAUGGAGGCCUUAGAAGACAUCAACAGACUCACACAGGGGAAAAACCAUUUAAAUGUAUGGAGUGCGGAAAGAGCUUUAGUUCCAAUUCAACCCUUAGAGAACAUCAACGGACUCACACGGGGGAGAAACCCUUUAAAUGCCUGGAGUGCGGAAAGUGCUUCAGUGAGAAUGGAGAACUUCGAAGACAUCAAUGGACUCACACAGGGGAGAAACCAUUUAAAUGCCUGGAGUGCAGAAAGUGCUUCAGUCGAAAUGGAGACCUUAAAUUACACCAGCGGAUUCACACAGGGGAGAAACCAUUUAAAUGCCUGGAGUGCAGAAAGAGCUUCAGUCAGAAUGGAAAUCUUAGAAGACAUCAGCAGACACACAGGGGAGAAACUGUUUAAAUGUAUGGACUGUGGAAGGAGCUGCAGUCAGAGUGGAACCCUUGAUUUAUGUGAACAAACUCACACAAAACACAAACCUUAUAAAUAUCAGUGA